UGAGCUGAACCGACUGAGCCACCCAGGCGCCCCCAUGGGUUUUGUUUUUUGUUCUUUUUGGGUUUUUUUUGUUUUAAUCAAUAACAUAUUUUGUGAAGUGAAAAUUAGAGUAAAUAUCUUUAAAAAUUAAUAAACUUUGAAAAAGCAUGGAAUGAUGCUGGACAUUCAGAGAGGGGUUUCCAGAAAAACACAACGCAGAAGAAAUUUAACCUCUUUUCCUAGUUUCUUAUUUCCAUGAUUACAUUUGGUCGGCACCUAAGAGGCCAGAUUGCUUCUAAGAACAAGGAGUUUCUGUCCAUUCCACUUACUGUUGUUGAAACCCGCCUUCAGGGAGGAGAUUUGGAACAGAGUAUCGCUGGGUGUUAGCGGGGACCAGAACACGGAAGCUAUCCGUCCGCCCUGGCAGACUGAGUUCUACAAGUGCAGAGGCCUGCCAGCUACUUGGCACUUUGAUCUCACGCAUCUACCCGGCCCCGCAGGGGCCUGCCAGCCCUUCAACACCCCUUCGUAGGAAUGUACACUUUUAAACUGACUCCCUGGAGAAGUUUAAUGAGCCUCUUGGAAUUAAAAAAUAAAUAAAUAAAGCAAAACAAAGAAAUGUAAUGGAAAUGGACAAGUUGAAAAAGGAAUAGAGAGGUUCAUUUGCAGCCUGGUGCUGGGGGGCUUUCAUCAGGAUGCUGCAAUGGAUAUUUCAGAGCAGUGGAAGGAGGAGAGAAAGAAAUUAAAAACAGCCUACUCUGAUGAACUUGGAUAAUUUAUUCCUCUGCAGAACAGUGGGCACAAUGUUUCAUUCCCCCCGCCCCCGCCGCUCUUCUUUUCCCCUCCACCUAAUUUCUGAGCAUUCCCAGGCUAGUCAAGAAUGAAAAUUAAGCAUACCCCACACACGAGUCAUAAUGAAAGUGCGGAAUGCACUCGGAUUAUUCAUAAGCUUGCAAGUUGUGUAUUUUGGUGGAGAUUUCCUCCCUUCUGCUCCUGAUUGCUGAUGAAGAAUGGUGUUUUAAUAGGCAGAUGGUAAAGACAAUUACAGUUAGGGGCUCAGCUGGGAGUUACAUCAGUUUAUUGCAAAUUAUUAGUUGAUAAAUGCUUUUGUUUACAAGCAGAGUCUUAAGCAGCUUUAUAAUCAGUUUAUCAGCUGCAAGCGGAAUUUUGACAGAUCGCCUUUGGGGUGUAAUGUCACCUCUUGGCUAGUCAUUUAAAAUCACGAUGGCCAGGGAGCCAGACAGUCAGAUGGGCUACCUCAGGACACCACUGUGAGCUCCCAGAAGGCCAUGACACAGCACCUCUUAGACGAGAGCACAAAUCCAGGAAUGCUGAAAAGAUUCCAUGAACAGACCUCUUCCUGUUGAAAGCCCGUAGAAAUAGCAUAUCAGUUUGCCUAAAACCAACACGGUGUGACUGAUGUGACCUCAGGCACAUUGGUUCAGAAAGUCUUCCAGGCAGCUCUCGAUGCCUUCUUAAUUAUAGGGCAAACCUUUCUGCACCCACACUUCAGCAGAAGUCUGGAACUGACCACAAGGACACUAUUCACUUUGUUGAAAGGGGCUUCAUAUGCUUCUUAAAAGGGAGAGGAAAUUAUCUCAGUAGGAGACAUUUUCCUACAGGAAAAAAGGGGUCAGCUUUGGUGCACAACCACGAAGGCCAUCUCUGAGGGUGAAGAGCUAAUUGCCUUUGUGGUGGAUUUUGACUCAAGGCUACAAGCUGCCAGUCAGAUGACUCUUGCAGAAGGGAUGUACCCUGCACGCCUGCUGGACUCAAUUCAGCUGCUUCCUCAGCAAGCUGCCAUGGCUUCUAUUUUGCCUACAGCUAUUGUCAAUAAGGAUAUAUUUCCUUGCAAGUCUUGUGGCAUCUGGUAUCGGAGUGAGCGGAAUCUGCAAGCCCAUUUGAUGUACUAUUGCAGUGGGAGGCAAAGAGAAGCCGCCCCAGUAUCAGAAGAAAAUGAAGACAGUGCUCCUCAGGUUUCCAGCCUGUGCCCCUUCCCACAGUGCACCAAGAGCUUUUCAAAUGCCCGAGCCCUAGAAAUGCACCUGAAUUCACACAGCGGAGUGAAAAUGGAAGAAUUCCUCCCCCCUGGUGCUAGUCUAAAAUGCACCGUCUGUAGCUACACCGCUGAUUCCGUGAUCGGCUUUCACCAACACCUGUUCUCCCAUCUCACUCAAGCUGCCUUCCGAUGCAAUCACUGCCACUUCGGCUUCCAGACUCAGAGGGAGUUAUUGCAGCACCAGGAGCUCCAUGUCCCUGGAGGCAAACUUCCCAGAGAAGGUGAUAUGGAGCACUCUCCAAGUGGAACCGAAGACAGCUUACAGCCAGCCACAGACUUGUUGACCAGAAGCGAACUCCCGCAGAGCCAAAAGGCAAUGCAGACUAAAGACGCGAGCUCUGACACAGAGCUGGACAAGUGUGAGAAAAAGACUCAGCUCUUUCUCACGAACCAGAGACCAGAGAUACAGCCUACGGCAAAUAAACAAAGCUUUUCUUACACAAAAAUCAAGUCUGAGCCCUCCAGUCCAAGACUUGCCUCGUCUCCGGUUCAGCCUAACGUUGGGCCUUCUUUCCCUGUGGGCCCUUUUCUGUCUCAGUUUGCUUUCCCCCAAGAUAUCACAAUGGUCCCUCAAGCUUCAGAGAUCUUAGCCAAGAUGUCUGAACUGGUACAUCGGCGACUGAGGCACGGAAGCAGUAGCUACCCUCCCGUGAUUUACAGCCCUUUGAUGCCCAAGGGGGCCACUUGUUUUGAGUGUAACAUAACGUUCAAUAAUUUGGAUAAUUAUCUAGUGCACAAAAAACAUUACUGCAGCAGCCGAUGGCAGCAGAUGGCCAAGUCCCCAGAGUUCCCUGGCGUUUCAGAAAAGAUGCCUGAGGCCGUGAGCCCCAACACUGGUCAAACCUCCGUAAACCUUCUCAACCCAGCUGCUCAUUCUGCUGAUCCCGAGAACCCACUUCUUCAAACAUCCUGCCUCAAUUCUUCCACUGUUUUAGAUUUAAUUGGGCCAAAUGGGAAGGGCCAUGACAAGGACUUUUCCGCUCAAGCUAAGAAGCUCUCCACCUCUAACAGCAGUGAUGAUAAAAUUAAUGGAAAACCUGUUGAUGUGAAAAAUCCCAGUGUCCCCUUAGUGGAUGGGGAAAGUGACCCAAAUAAGACUACCUGCGAAGCUUGCAACAUUACCUUCAGCCGGCAUGAAACAUACAUGGUCCACAAACAGUAUUACUGUGCCACACGCCACGACCCUCCCCUGAAGAGGUCCGCUUCCAGCAAAGUGCCUGCCAUGCAGAGAACCAUGCGCACACGCAAGCGAAGGAAGAUGUAUGAGAUGUGCCUACCUGAGCAGGAGCAAAGGCCUCCCCUGGUCCAACAGCGAUUUCUUGACGUAGCCAACCCCAGCAAUCCCUGUACCUCCACUCAAGAACCCACAGAAGGGCUAGGAGAGUGCUACCACCCGAGAUGUGAUAUCUUCCCAGGAAUUGUCUCAAAGCACUUGGAAACUUCUCUGACGAUCAACAAAUGUGUUCCAGUCUCCAAAUGUGACCCUACCCAUUCCAGCGUUUCCUGCCUCGAGAUGGACGUGCCCAUAGAUCUCAGCAAAAAGUGUUUAUCCCAGUCUGAGCGGACGACCACGUCGCCCAAAAGGCUGCUGGACUACCACGAGUGCACUGUGUGCAAGAUCAGCUUCAAUAAAGUGGAGAACUACCUGGCCCACAAGCAGAAUUUCUGCCCAGUCACAGCACAUCAGCGUAACGACCUGGGCCAACUCGACAGCAAAGUAUUUCCAAAUCCAGAGAGCGAAAGAAACAGCCCCGAUGUCAGCUAUGAAAGAAGCAUAAUAAAAUGUGAGAAAAACGGAAAUCUGAAGCAGCCUUCCCCUAAUGGAAACUUAUUUUCCUCCCACUUAGCAACCCUGCAAGGCCUGAAAGUCUUUAGUGAAGCCGCUCAGCUCAUUGCUACAAAGGAAGAAAACAAACAUUUGUUUCUUCCCCAGUGCCUUUACCCCGGGGCAAUAAAGAAGGCAAAAGGGGCUGACCAGCUUUCUCCAUAUUAUGGCAUAAAGCCAAGUGAUUAUAUUUCUGGUUCUCUUGUCAUCCACAACACUGACGUGGAGCCGAGCACAAAUGCCGAAAAUGAAUCCCCUAAAGGCCAGGCUUCCUCCAACGGGUGCGCCCCGCCGAAGAAAGAUCCCCUGCCGCUGUUACCCAAAAACAGAGGCAUGGUAAUAGUCAAUGGUGGACUGAAGCAAGACGAGAGACCUGCUGCCAACCCACAGCAAGAGAACAUUUCCCAGAAUCCUCAGCAUGAAGACGGCCACAAAUCUCCCUCUUGGAUCUCUGAGAACCCGUUAGCCACAAAUGAGAAUGUCUCCCCAGGGAUUCCUUCCGCGGAGGAACAGUUGUCUAGUAUAGCAAAAGGUGUGAAUGGCUCCACCCAGGCUCCCACCAGCGGGAAAUAUUGCCGCCUGUGUGAUAUUCAGUUCAACAACCUCUCAAACUUUAUAACUCACAAGAAGUUUUAUUGCUCAUCACAUGCGGCGGAACAUGUCAAAUGAAAUAACUUCAUAAAUAAACACCAGUCACCUUUGGUACCAGUGUUUAGUAUGUGGUUCUACCCAGUCCAGAAAACAAAAACAAAACAAAACAAAAAACAAAACACAAAAGCUGUUUGAAUUACAUCUGGGCAAUCAGGAGAUAAUUCAUUAAGGCUGAGUUGAAGAC